AUGGCAGAAUUUAAGGAUGGGCGAGACGUCACCAUCAAAUCUAUAACACCGCAAACGAGACUAGAAAAGGUUGAAAUACUGCUGGCUGAAACUCUUGAAAAAGACAAAGAUGUGAUACUGAAG